AUGAAAAAUAUCAAUGUCAUCAUUCCAAACUGGGUUAGUCAUCUACCUGUCUAUGAUACGGAUGAGUGUGGAAUCACCAUCUCUAAUUUCUGUGCCAUUAUUCGUCUAUAUCCCAACCAAUGUUUUGGUAAAGAAUACCAACAUGUUGAAAAGAUACAUGAUAACAUUAUUGCAUGUAUAAAACAACCACAAGAACAACAACUCCUCAAUCAAACAUGGUUAUUUAUCAAAGAUUCUUUUGAAGAGAAUUGGGAUACUAUCCCAUCAGAUACAAGAGAAAGAAUAUUAAAAUUAAAAGUGUCUAUUGCCCAUGGUGAGAAUCUAUCCUUUCCAAGUUCUGCUGCCAUACCAAGUGCCAUGGAAGCAUACCUUUUCACUAGUAGAUUAAAAUGUUAA